UUUAUUUAUUCAGUUGCACUAGAAACUUUGUUAAUAAUGAAGGCUCUACUAAAGAAAUUUAUUAAAAUAUUAUUUUAUCUAAAUGUUAUAACAAUAUCGCUAUCAUGUAAUUUAAAUUAUCAUAAUGGACGUUGGUUGAACGAAUGGCGUUUGCUCUUAGUACAAGAGGGACGUAAUCAAUAUCAACUGUUAAGAGAUCAUAAUGUGGCGGAAAAUAGUAACGUAUUUAUGCUGUGUAAUAGGGAUCCCAGACUGAUAACAGUUAACUGUGAUGCUCGAAACAGAUUUAAUCAAAAUGUGCCUUUGAGAGAUAAUUGCCCAGAAAAUUUUAGUAUUAGACCAGAAAGAAUUCAAGUACCGGCAGCGAAUGCUCCUCAUUGUCCGUACAUAUUAUAUAGAAUAGGUUUCAACAUACAAAUUAAUCAGCACAGACAAUUUCUGGAAACUUAUCAAGUGUGUUUCGAUCAUAGACAUCUUCGGACCGUAUUUACUAUUAAUAAAGCAUAUCCUAUGGCUGGAGUUCGUCCAGAUUUUUUAAAAUUCCGUCCUGAUGACUUUUUCUAUGGUGACACCUUUCAUGCCUUUGACCAUAAAGUUACUGUUAAAAGAUUUAACAAACUAUUGGGCUCUACACAAAACAAAAUGAUUGAAGGCAAUCUUGAUCACAUUAUUGAUCGUGGCCACUUAACACCUAGUGCCGAUUUUACAUUAACAAAUUACAAACGUUCCACUUUUAACAUGAUCAAUGUCAUGCCCCAAUUUAAAACCAUAGACAACGGAAAUUGGAGACGCAUAGAAGAAUGGGCCCGAGAUUAUACUCGUACUCCGGCUGAUAUUUGCACAGGUGUUUUAGAUUGUAACCUGGAUGGCGUUCGACCUACAGAUUUAAAUUGUGUUGUAAAGCUACAAGAUAUUAGAGGCCGUUGGGUGCCAAUGUUUUUGCAAGAUACACGCAAAAUACCCAUACCAUUAUGGAUAUAUAAAAUAGUAAGAAAUAGACAACAAUCGGUUGUCUUCUUAACUUUUAAUAAUAUUCAUCAUCGAGGCCGAGUUCAACCACCACCAGAUGUAUGUCAAGUAAUCGAUUGUCCAUUAACAUUUACUAAUACCGUUCAAUUAGGUUGGACAUUCUGCUGCGAUUAUAAUGCGUUUAUAAGUAGAAAUAUACCACAUUUACGAACAGUUUGUUAAAUUUUAAAUGUGGAUUUUAAUAUAGAGAAAUUUAUUCAAAGUAAUAAAGUAUUAUUGCAU